AUGGAUAACAUUAAGGAUGUUGAUCUUACUAAUCUAUCUUGGUUAAAAAUAUCACAUAGUAGAGAAUUUCAACCGACAGUUGAAUGUUCAAAUAAUUAUAUUGAUGAUGAUCUUCAAUGUCUCUGUUGGAUUAUUAAAAUGCGACCAACUUCAUAUUCUUCUCAUUCACUUAAAAGACUAUCUGUAACGACAAAUAAAGUUAAGCAUUAUCGUAAUUCUAAUCGUUUAUUAUCAUAUCCUAAUGUUUUUGAUCACUCUCUUAAUACUGUAACGAAUGCAGUAAUUGAUACGGGAAAUACGAAUGAGUAA